AUGGCUGGGUUGGCACCAGAAGGAUCGCAAUUCGAUGCUCGUCAAUUUGAUGCUAAGAUGAAUGAGUUACUUGGAACUGAUGGGCAAGAUUUUUUUACUUCUUAUGACGAAGUUUGCGAAAGCUUUGAUGCUAUGGGAUUGCAGGAGAACCUUCUGAGGGGUAUUUAUGCAUACGGUUUUGAGAAACCCUCUGCAAUUCAGCAAAGGGGGAUUGUUCCUUUCUGCAAGGGACUUGAUGUAAUUCAGCAAGCACAAUCUGGAACUGGAAAAACUGCUACUUUUUGCUCUGGAGUUUUGCAGCAGCUUGAUUACAGUUUAGUUGAGUGCCAGGCACUAGUUCUUGCUCCUACUCGUGAACUUGCACAACAAAUUGAGAAGGUCAUGCGAGCACUAGGGGACUAUCUAGGUGUCAAGGUUCAUGCUUGUGUUGGUGGGACCAGUGUUCGUGAAGACCAACGUAUCCUUUCAAGUGGUGUUCAUGUAGUUGUUGGCACUCCUGGUCGUGUAUUUGAUAUGCUUCGCAGACAAUCUUUGCGCCCUGAUCACAUCAAGAUGUUUGUAUUGGAUGAGGCAGAUGAGAUGCUCUCUCGAGGUUUUAAGGAUCAGAUCUAUGAUAUUUUUCAGCUACUGCCUCCAAAGAUUCAGGUUGGGGUUUUCUCUGCCACAAUGCCUCCAGAAGCGCUGGAAAUCACUAGAAAGUUUAUGAACAAACCUGUGAGGAUUCUUGUAAAACGUGAUGAGCUUACCUUGGAGGGAAUCAAGCAGUUUUUUGUCAAUGUAAGCAAGGAGGAAUGGAAGCUAGAGACACUGUGCGAUCUUUAUGAAACUUUGGCAAUCACCCAGAGUGUUAUCUUUGUGAACACUCGACGCAAGGUAGAUUGGCUGACAGACAAAAUGCGGAGUCGUGAUCACACAGUUUCAGCCACCCACGGAGAUAUGGACCAAAACACUAGGGAUAUCAUCAUGCGGGAAUUCCGUUCUGGGUCGUCCCGAGUUCUUAUCACCACAGAUCUUCUGGCCCGUGGUAUCGAUGUCCAGCAAGUCUCACUUGUUAUAAAUUAUGAUCUGCCAACUCAGCCAGAGAACUAUCUCCAUCGAAUUGGUCGUAGUGGUCGGUUUGGGAGAAAGGGUGUUGCUAUCAAUUUUGUGACCAGUGAUGAUGAAAGGAUGCUACUUGACAUCCAAAAGUUUUAUAAUGUGACGGUUGAGGAGCUGCCAGCCAAUGUAGCUGAUCUCAUUUGA